AUAAGCAGUGACUGAUGUUUUUAUUCAUACAGGAACUACACUUAUCUAUUUUAUAUUACUCACAGUAAAGACGGCCUUGCCCACUUACUCAUUGUUUUAUUUCAUAAUCCUUCUCUAAGGUUUCUUUUCCCGCCACAAUGACGAAUUUCCAAACGAUGGACUAGUUGAUCAGUCUGCGCGAACCCUUUUCGCCCUGUCUGGUUAGGAGUUGACUUCGACAAUGUAACCGCACCAAAGAAACCAACACAACCGAGAACGUAGAUACAUCUGAGCUUUUAGACUAUAAUGUAUUCCAAAAUGCAUUGCACGAACACCUGCGAGCUGUAAGCCAUGAAGACGAUCAGAUGCGUUCCACAAAUUCUUCUCGGUUCUGCUCGUCGCAAGAGUCCGGUUUUGUGUUGUUCGCUUGGAUAAGACGGCAAAUAUGGACAAAGGGACCGACUUUAAUAGAUAAAGCAUUUGAUAGCGAAACGGAAUUGGAAAAAAAAGUUGGCGUUCAUCCAAUAUGAAAAUGAUGCGCUUCCAUUGAAUUGCAGUUUGAAUUGCUACAAACUGGGUCAGGAGAAACCAGAAACUGUGUUGUCUGCCUGCUGUGUGCAAUCAGUCUAUUACACUGCAUGUAUAACAAAUAUUGUAUACAAACGGCAGACUGUUGGUCGGCCGGAAACGCUAUUAAUGCGAUAGCAUAGUAACAUCCCUCUUUUUCUUUUUAUUUACUAGUUUAUUAUUAGUGGAAUUUAUCUUAUUUUUUGUUUGAUUUUAUUGUAAGAUGAGACUGUGAAGAGCUCAACGGAGUAGAAAGGAUAAAUUCGGCAGUAACACACUGACCACCAAACCGUACACAUCGUGCCAUUCUUGAUCGUCUUCAAACAAUGGAGGAGACCUCAAAAUCUAAAAAUGAGCUGUUAUUCGGCUGGGCGGAUUAUUUACUCUUCACUUCAACCUUACUGAUGUCGUUACUCAUUGGUGUCUAUCACGCUUGGCGAGGCAGUAACUCUACCUCCGAAUAUUUGAUGGGAGGGAAGAGCAUGGGUAUAUUCCCCAUCGCAAUGUCUUUGGCUGCAAGUUCCAUUUCGGGGACGACAUUAUUAGGAACUCCAGCUGAUGUGUACCUCACAGGCACCAUGUAUUUUUGGAUGCCAUUGGCUAUGUUCCUUUGUACUCCAGCUACCGGUUACCUCUAUCUAUCCAUGUUUCAUCGUCUUCAGGUCGUUUCAGCUAAUCAGUAUCUUGAAUUACGAUUCAAUCACAUAGUGAGGCGCAUCGCUUCCUUCCUUUAUAUCGUCAAACAGUUGUUUUAUAUGGCCAUCAUAGUGUAUGCGCCGUCAUUGGCCUUGAAACAAGUAACCGGAAUCAAUGUUUACAUCUCCGUUGGAGUUAUGCUAAGUGUCUGUACCUUCUAUACUGCUCUUGGUGGACUUAAAGCAGUUGUCUGGACUGACACUUUACAAAUAUUUGUCAUGUAUGGUUCCUUUAUUACGGUACUUGUCAAGGGAAGCAUGGACAUAGGAGGACUCGAUACGGUUUGGCAGCGCAAUUUUAAUUCAUCUCGCACAGAAUUUUUUAACAUUGACUUCGAUCCUACGACCCGCCAUACGAUUUGGUCUUUGGUUAUUGGAGGUUUCUUUUAUUGGACAUCUUUUUACGGAACGGAUCAGUCCAUCGUUCAGCGUUUUCUGGCUAUGCCAACGUUACCCAGAGCACAAAUAUCCAUGUGGUGUAAUUUAGUUGCAGCUGCUGGAAUCGUUGGCCUUGCUUGUUUCGGUGGUAUGAUUGUAUACGCCAAAUACUUUGAUUGCGAUCCUUUAACAUCCAAAGUUAUUGAGAAAGCUGACCAGAUCAUGCCUUUAUUCGUCAUGGACACCGUUGGAAGUUUACCUGGUUUGCCUGGCCUAUUCGUCGCAGGUGUUUUCUCUGGCGCAUUAAGUUCUUUGUCAAGUGGUUUGAAUUCUGUAGCUCUAAUCGUGCUGGAGGAUUUUAUUCGGCCUUUCUUUCCACUCAUUGAAGAUCAAACUGCCACUAAGAUCACUAAAGGGGUAGCAAUUUUAUUCGGAUGUAUAAACUUCGGAAUGGUUCUUCUCGUCUCACAAGUCCAGACUAUCUUGGAUGCUACUCUCAGCUUUAACGGAGCCGUCAACGGAGCAACCAUAGGGGUCUUUAGCUUGGGUAUGUUCGUUCCGCAAGCCAAUUCAAUCGGAGCCGGUUUCGGUUUAUUAGCAUCAUUUGCAACGAUGAUGUGGCUUGGAAUAGGAUCUCAAAUUGCAAAAUCGCGUGGACUAAGUCACAAUCAAUUGAAAUUGUUGAGAACCGACAGUUGUCCACUACUCAAUUCAACCGCGAGCGCUGCAAUAAGCAAUGGAUCGAUGAAUGAAGCCGAUUCUGUAUUUGUUUUAUGGAAGAUUUCGUACCUGUGGUACACAAUGAUAGGAAUGUUGAUUGUGCUGAUCCUCGGGACAAUAGUCAGCUUUUUAUCCGGACCACAAAAUCCUCAAAAACUUGACCCCAAACUUCUUUGCAAAUUCAGCAACUGUUUUCGAUCGAGCAAAAAGGCUGGAGAGUUGCCUUCGGACCCCAAAACUGAUGACAUUGAACUAGAAUGAAUUUUAUAGUUUGACCUUUCAGUGAAACCUUGGAUUAUGCACUCCUUAUGAGUUAACACUUUUGCCCCAAACCAUAAUUCAUCUCCU